AUGCAAGGCUCUCACCUGUCGUGGCUUCUUGCCGCGCUCGUCCCUUUUACCCUUGGCCAGACGAUCGAUGUCGAUGGCGAGGCGGUCCCGGCCGACGAGAGCAAUGUCGCCCCUGCUUGGUCCGAGGCAGUCAGUGCCUCAUCGAAGAACUCCUUCGUCGAUGACACCCCCAAGCUGACCGAUGCUGUGCUUGCCAACCUUACCGACCUGAACUUGAGCGAAGUUGACCUCUUCUACUUCGCCGACACCAAGGCUUCCAAGAAGCGGUCAGCUGCUGUCAACUCCAAGUGCAAGGUCUUCCCUGGUGACAAGGCGUUUCCUGGGGAGUUCAUCUGGAAGGUCUUUGAUCUUCUCACUGGAGGUUCUCUCAUCAAGACUGUUCCCCUUGGUGCCGCCUGCUACAAGGGAGAGCACUACGAUGAAGAGACAUGCAAGUUUCUUUUGGACAACUGGCAUAACUCUACGACACACAUCAAUGAUCCCACGUCGGUGAUGUCGCCUCUCUUCGAGGGCGCUACAUGCGAGCCCAUCAAUGCCGCCUCUGGCUCCAAGUGCACCAUUGGAGGAUUCCCUCUCUACUCCGUCAAGGCCACCAACGUCGCCCAGAUCCAGCUCGCUAUCAACUUUGCCCGCAACCUGAACCUUCGUCUGGUUGUCCACAACACUGGCCACGAUUUCCUUGGCAAAAGCACCGGUGCUGGUGCCCUGAGCAUCUGGACACGCAACCUAAAGGACAUCAAGUUCACCAAGAACUACCGCGGUGCUAGCAGCUAUACUGGCCCUGCCUUCAAGCUUGGUGCCGGCGUUCAAGUCAAGGAGCUGUAUGCGGCCGCUGACCGUGAGGGCUACACUGCUGUUGGUGGAGAAUGUCGCGACGUUGGCGUUACUGGUGGAUAUCUUCCUGGCGGUGGUCACUCUCCCCUCAGCCCUACAGCUGGUCUUGCUGCCGACCAGCUUCUGAGCGCUGAGAUUGUCACACCUGACGGACGCUUCGUCACCGCUGAUGAGAAGCAAAACACUGACCUGUUUUGGGCCAUUCGUGGUGGAGGUGCCGCUACUUGGGGAGUCGUCGUCUCCAUGACCGUGCGAGUCUACCCCAAGAUGUCCUUCGCUGGUAUGACUUGGAGUGUCAACACUAAGGAUGUCGGUAUCUCCGAGUCUGCCCUCUUCAAGGCUCUUGAGGCCUACUGGCGCCGUUUCCCUGAGUACUCUGACAAGAAGAGCUACGGCUACAGCUUCAUCUUCCCUGCCGGCAAUGGCAGCUAUCUCUGGACCAUGAACCCCUGGAUGAUUCCCAAUAUUUCCAUUGCCGACUUCAAGAAGAUCGUCCAGCCCCUUCUUGAUGAAUGGAAGGAACUUGGUGUUGACCCCAAGCCUGAGUUCUUCCAGCACGACACAUUCUACCCUGCCUGGAAGAAGCAUUUCCCUGCCGAGAAUGUUGGUAACUAUAACGGUCGUUCGGGUUCUCGUCUCAUCCCUCGCAAGAACUGGGAUGACCCCAAGCUUCUCACCAAGACCAUCGAUGCUCUCAAGAGCAUUCUUUCUGAGGAUGGUGUCUUGGUCAUCUACAACAUCAACGCAGAGCAGCGCAAAGACACCCCUCCCAACUCUGCCAACCCAGCCUGGCGCGAUGCCAACAUGUUUGUCAUCACUGCUCUGAACUGGGAUGUCAACGACAGUGAGGAGAAGAUUGCAGAGGUCAACAACAAGAUCACUUUCGAUAUCAUGGAGCGACUCAAGGCUGUUACCCCAGGUGGUGGUGGCUACGGUAACGAGGGUGAUGUUAUGGAUCCUGACUUUGGUCAGUCUUACUUCGGAUCAAACUACGCCAAGCUUUACCAGCUGAAGCAGAAAAUCGAUCCUUACGGCGUGUUUUAUGCUCCUACUGCUGUUGGAAGUGAGGACUGGUACAUCGCUGGCUCGCCGGCUUAUGUUACCAAGCAGACCGGCCGACUUUGCCGCAAAAACCCGCCUCCGGAACCUCACACGACGAAUAUCAUUGCUACAAAUUGCCAUAAGAAACCUCGCACCGACGUUGCACAAAACGACACAAAGACAUCAGAUACUACUCUACCUAUGCUGCUCGCCGAGCUGUGGAAACCUCUAGUGCACCCUUUGACGGAAAGAGUGUUUAUCACCGACAAGGGAGAACGCUUCGAGAUCCCUGCCGACCAACUACGAUGGAAGAAUCCACUUGGGAAACGAGUUGUGAUCAUAGACACAGACACGCGGCUCGAUGAUAAGAAGGAGAACACAAUGUUGCAUGACUGCCCCUUGGACUUUCCGUCACUUCCAGGUCGAACUGGAGGUCAUCUGAAUCACUACAUAUACGCUAUGAUCCAUGGUUACGAUUAUCGAUUGGUCCGCGCCGCUGAUUACCCUGACCGUCACGGCACUUGGGUCAAACCCGCAAUUACCAAAGAAGCCCUCAAAACACACGAUUUCGUCAUCUCACUAGACUCCGACGCCGUCUUCACUCAUCUCGACCUCCCUCUGGAGUGGCUCAUGAAUCUAUGGGAUGUUACACCAAAAACCUUAGUGGCUAUGGCCUACGAUCUCGACUGGGAAGGAGAUUAUGACUCGCGAGGCAAUCUCAUUCUCAACACUGGCUUCGUCAUCGCCCAGGCCAGUCAACGUACUCAAGACAUGUUCCAGAGAUGGGAAGAUUGCCCACGAAGCAUCCCAGGAUGUGAACACUGGAACUUCAAGUGGGCGCACGAGCAAAGUGCCUUUUCUCACUACAUCCGGUACGAGUUCAACAGGACUCACGAUGUCAAGAAUAUACCAUGCAAUCACGCGAACGGUAAUGAGUACUCCCUGAAUGGGAAUUGUGAGUGCCAGGGCGUGUUUGUCAGUCACAACUGGAAGCAUAAGCACAAAACACCUGAACUGCUGAGCAGGAGCAUCAUGACGUCGCUGGCUCGCCGCGUGCAUGCCCAGUUCCAUAAUGAUAUCAAAGAUUUGUACAUAGAUGCCUCAAGCCAAACAUAUCCGAUCGAGGGCCUCGGAAUUCAAUAA